AGCAGCACAUCCGCGUCCUUCUUGUUCGUCCUCAGUGCAGGAUAACGAAGCUCUCACCUUCCUGGUGCUCAUCUCCAUUGACAACUUCACGCUUUCAACUUUUCGGGUCGAUUUAAGGGACGAAGUUUGUCGUUUGUUUUUCCUGCGAGUUUUUUUAUCGAACACGUGACAAUCAUCAUGGAUGUCAUAGUGCGCCGCUGUCCAUUCCUGGCUCGCGUGCCCCAGGCCUUCAUGCAGCAGCCCAGGAAUUCGCUGGUGGUUUAUGCCCAGCGAUGCCCCAUCAUGAUGGAGCUGGCUUCCAAACCUAUGGCCCAAUCUCUGGCGCGGGCCCUCUGCUCGUCCUCGUCCCAUCACCAGAAGCCCGAGAGCAGCACCGCUGAAGGCACAAAACCAGAAAUGGAGCCCAAACUGCCUGCUGGCCACUCAACGUUGCUGUCUUCUGGUCAGGCUGUGGCCUCCAAAUGCCCCUUCCUGGCUGCGGAGAUGGGCCAGAAGAACAGCAGUGUGGUCCGCCAGGUCGGCAUGGAGUUCCAAGAGGAUGUUCAGGAAGUCCGCACUGUCCAGAAAGGUGAAAAAUGGCCUUGGAAAAUAGCUGUCAAAGAAACAAUCAACUGUUUUGUUCCUUUCCUUGUUCUAGAAGUGUCCCCUGAGCAGCUGAAGAAGCCAUCGUUGGCCAGCCCCAGCGAAAAUCUCAUGAAGGCCCUCCUCAAGCAGCGCCCCAAGAUGGUCUCCCACCUGCUGCAGGACAACUUGCCAAGCAGCUUGUCCCGCUUCCACUACGAUGACUUUUUCGAGAAGAAGAUUGUAGAGAAGAAGAGCGACCACACGUACCGCGUGUUCAAGACAGUCAACCGCCUGGCUGACGAGUUCCCCAUGGCCAACGACUUCACGGGCUCCCUGGAGGACAAGAGGGAGGUGUCUGUGUGGUGCAGCAACGACUAUCUGGGCAUGAGUCGACAUCCUCGGGUAGUGCAAUCAAUCAUGGAAACACUACGAAAGCACGGCUCCGGGGCGGGAGGCACUCGGAACAUCUCCGGGACAAGCAAGUUCCAUGUGGAACUGGAACAGGAGCUGGCCGACCUCCACAAAAAGGAUGCGGCGCUGCUCUUCACUUCCUGCUUUGUGGCCAAUGAUUCUACCCUGUUUACCUUGGCCAAGAUGCUGGCAGGUUGUGAGAUCUACUCUGACGCGGGCAACCACGCAUCGAUGAUUCAGGGAAUUCGGAACAGCGGCGCCAAGAAGUUCAUUUUCCGCCACAAUGAUGUCUCUCACCUCCGAGAGCUGCUGCGGAAAGGAGAUCCCACCAAGCCCAAGAUCGUCGCCUUUGAGACUGUCCAUUCUAUGGAUGGUGCUGUGUGUCCACUGGAGGAGAUGUGCGAUGUGGCCCACGAGUUUGGUGCCAUUACAUUUGUCGACGAGGUUCACGCCGUGGGUCUGUAUGGCGCCAGGGGAGGCGGCAUUGGAGACCGCGAUGGUGUCAUGCACAAGAUGGAUAUCAUCUCUGGGACACUAGGCAAAGCCUUCGGCUGUGUAGGCGGCUACAUCGCCAGCACCGCCACCCUGGUGGACACGGUCCGCUCGUACGCCGCCGGCUUCAUCUUCACUACCUCGCUGCCGCCGAUGCUACUCUCUGGCGCCCGGCAGUCCAUCCAGGUGCUCAAGGGCGAGGAAGGCCGCACCCUGAGACGUAAGCACCAACGCAACGUCAAGCUGCUCCGGCAGAUGCUGAUGGACGCUGGGCUGCCUGUGGUGCACUGCCCAAGCCACAUCAUUCCAGUCCGGGUGUCGGAUGCUGAGAAAAACACGGAGGUGUGUGACCUCAUGAUGAGUCGCCACAAUAUCUACGUGCAGGCCAUCAAUUAUCCAACUGUGGCCAGAGGGGAGGAGCUUCUGCGCAUUGCUCCUACACCUCACCACACCCCUGAAAUGAUGAAAUACUUUGUUGAGAGGCUGGUGCAUACGUGGAAGGAGGCCGGCCUGGAGCUGAAGCCCCACUCGUCAGCCGAGUGCACCUUCUGCCAGCAGCCUCUGCACUUUGAGCUGAUGAGCGAGAGAGAAAAGUCUUACUUCAGCGGCCUCAGCCAUCCAGUCUCGGCCCGCGCAUAAGAAAUCACUCCCAAAGCUGGCUCCAGACGACUCAUACGUCGACCUCCUUUCUCUGUCGCAUAAUUAUCUUUGAUACUGUAUGUCCUCUUAAAUACUUAUAUUUAAAAUACUCUAUCAUCAAAUACUAUAUACUUAAAAAUAAAAUACAAGUUGGAAAGUG